AUGGUGGGAGCAGGAGCCAGGAGCAAGGCGCAAAAUGCCAAGCGGCCCCCCUACGUAAGGGACCUAGCUGGUAGAACUGGGCCAGCACUCAGCGUCCAGCAUACAGCCCUUGGGGUAGUAGUAGUAGCGCUUUCCGCACCUGCAUCGCCCGACGCCAUCUUCACUGUACCUGAAAUUUUAGGUCUCGGUCUCGUCGACUUUGCGCGCCUACCCGAUCCGGCCAACCCGAGCGCGCACGCACUGGACGAGCUGCCCCCAAACGAACCGGGCCAGAGCAGCCUCUUCGUCCGCAGCGACAGUUCCUCAUCCCGCGUUGUUGAAGACCACCUGUUGAGAAAAAUCUGGGUCGAACGGUUGCCGCCAGACCAAAAACCGUCACCGAUUCGCGAAUCAUUCCGCACGAUGCCGCGCGGGAAGAGAGGGGUCAAGUUCCCCCACAAGGCCAACAACGGCAACGCCGAUGGCCGUCGCUCCAGCUUUAGCGACUACAGCGAGGAUGGCUCUCCUAUCAGGCAGAGGUCGGGAUCUGGGCAGCAGGCGCCGCUAGACGGCAUCGCGGAGCAGCCACAGUUGUCGCCCGCCGAGGCUGCCGCCGAGGAGAAGCGCGUCGCCCACGAGAAGAGGAAGACGGACUUCAAGGUCCGCACCUUUUGGACUUUUGUCAUGUUCGCUGGCUUCUUCGCCGCCCUCUUUUCCGGCCACAUGUACAUCAUUUGCGUCAUGACGGUCAUUCAGGUUGUCUGCUUCAAGGAGGUCAUUGCCAUCGCGAGCGUCCCCAGCCGGGCUCGUCAGCUGCGCCCCUCCAAGAGCCUCAACUGGUACUGGCUCGUCACCACCAUGUACUUCCUCUACGGCGAAUCUGUCAUCUACUACUUCAAGCACAUUGUGCUGGUCGAUAAGGUCCUCCUGCCGCUGGCCACCCACCACCGCUUCAUCAGCUUCUUCCUCUACAUCUUCGGAUUCGUCUUCUUUGUCACUACCCUGCACGCAGGCCACUUCAAGUUCCAGUUCACCCAGUUUGCCUGGACGCACAUGGCGCUGUACCUUAUCGUGGUCCAGGCACACUUCGUCAUGAACAACGUUUUUGAGGGCCUCAUCUGGUUUUUCCUACCCGCGGCCCUCGUCAUCACCAACGACAUCUUCGCCUACAUUGUGGGCAUGACCUUUGGACGUACCCAGCUGAUCAAGCUGUCGCCCAAGAAGACAGUUGAGGGCUUCGUUGGCGCCUGGGUCUUCACCAUUGUCUUUGGCAUCAUCCUGGCCAACAUCUUGACGCGCUCCAGCUACUUCAUCUGCCCUGCCCACGUGAGUUGA